UCCCGUCGCGCCCUCCUCUUUCAAGCCUCCCCCACAAAAAACACACAGGCAAGGAGAGAUCGAAUCAUCGAAGCAGAGGAGAGCUCUGCUCGGGGUCGCGACAAAAAGCUUUCCAGAAUGGCGGUGCUGCUGCGCCCGGCGGCGAUCGCCGGCGGCCGGCAGGUGUGGCCGGUGGCGGAGGAGGCCGGCGAGGCGGACGCGUCGCAGCGGCUCGUGGAGGCGGUGGCGCGCGGCGACGCGAGGGAGGCCGGCGAGCUGCUCGCGUCCGGGCGCGCCGACGUGAACUACGCCGGCGUGGUCUGGCUCGACGCGCGGCGGGUGGCGGAGGCGGCGCUGCGGGAGGGCGCCGCCGCCGAGCUGCGCGCCUCGCGCGAGGAGAUCCGCGCCGACGUCUCGCCGCUCUUCCUCGCCGCCGGCAACGGGGACGUCGCGCUCGUCCGCGCGCUGCUCGCGAAGGGCGCGGACGUGAACGGCAAGGUGUUCCGUGGGUACCCGACGACGGCCGCGGCGAGGGAGGGGCGCGCGGAGGUGGCGGAGUUGCUGGUGCGCGCGGGGGCGUCGCAGCCGGCCUGCGAGGAGGCCAUCGUGGAGGCUGCGCUGCAGGGCCAGGCUGCCCUGGCCGCCAUCUUCAUGUGCUCCGACCUCGUCCGCCCGCGCGUCGCCGUGCACGCGCUCGUGUCCGCCGCCGCCCGAGGCUUCGUCGACGUGGUCGACACGCUCGUCGAGUGUGGAGCAGAUACUAACACGACGUCCCGGGUGCUUCUGCGGUCUCUGAAACCCUCGCUGCAUCUCAAUGUCGACUGCACAGCGCUCUUCGCCGCAAUCGUGAGUCGGCAAGUCGCCGUCGUUCGUCAGCUUCUUCAGAUUGGCGUAAAGAAGGAUUCCAAGGUGAGGCUGGGAGCGUGGUCCUGGGACGCGGCCACCGGCGAGGAGCUGCGCGUCGGCGCCGGCCUCGCGGAGCCCUACGACGUGGCCUGGUGCGCCGUGGAGUACUACGAAUCUACCGGCUCCAUCCUCCGCUUGCUCCUCCAGAACGGGUACUCCUCCGGCGCCACGCACCUUGGCCGGACGCUGCUCCACCACGCCAUCCUCUGCGGGAGCGUCGGCGCCGUCGAGACGCUCCUGGCGGCUGGUGUGGACUGCGAGGCUCCCGUGAAGACGUCCAGGAGCACCAGGUCCAGGCCGGUCCACAUGGCCGCGCGCCUCGGCCAGCCGGAGAUCUUGCAGAUGCUGAUGGACAUGGGCUGCGACGUCAACGCGAGGGGGGAGGCUGGCGAUGUCGCUGUCAUCCUAGCCUCCCGCCACAAGCGCGAGGAUUGCCUCAGGGUCCUCGUGUCCGCCGGAGCAGACCUCGCGCUGUUGAACUCGGCCGGCGAAUCCGCGGCUUCCGUAGCUUCUUCUGCAGGAUGGAAGACGGGCUUUGAACGUGCCGUUCUUGCUGCGAUUCGGUCUGGGAUCGUCCCUCUGUCCAGCGACCCAAACGUGUUCUCGCCGAUGAUGUUCGCGGCGAGCUGCGGUGAUGCCGCUUCGUUCGAGGUGCUGAUGGCUCAGCCGGACGUGGACGUGGACGAGCAGGAUGCCGACGGGUGCUCGCCCAUGAUGGUUGCCGCCAUGGAGGGCAACGUUGACGCCUUCCGUGCCUUGGUCUUCGCAGGCGCCAACGUGAAGCUGAGCAACAAGCGCGGCGAGACGGCCAUUGGGCUGGCACAGCUGAGCAAGAAGAGGGACCUGUUCGAGCAGGUCAUGCUAGAGUUCGCCCUGGAAAAGGGCAUGCCCGCCGGAGGCUUCUACGCCCUGCACUGCGCUUCCCGGCGUGGUGACGCCGCUGCGGUGCACCACCUGGCGAGCACGGGCUACGACGUCAACAUCCCAGACGGCGACGGCUACACCCCUCUCAUGCUGGCGGCCAGAGAAGGCCACGCGGCCGUGUGCGAGCUCCUCAUCUCCCACGGCGCCAGGUGCGACAUCAAGACCACGCGGGGCGAGACGGCGCUAUCCAUGGCGCGGGCGGCGCUGGCCACGGCACCCUUCAACAAGGCUGAGGACGUGAUCAUGGACGAGCUGGGCCGGCAGCUGGUCCUCCAGGGCGCGCACGUGGCAAAGCACACCAAGGGCGGGCGCGGGAGGCCGCACGGCAAGUCUCUGCGGAUGGUCGCCGCCAUCGGCGUGCUCCGGUGGGGCGGAUCGAGCCGGCGCAACGUGAUGUGCAAGGAAGCCGAGGUCGGUGGCAGCUCGGCGUUCCAGAGGCACCGACAGCGGAAGGGCCGCGGCAACGACGCCUACACGCCCGGGCUGUUCCGCGUCGUGACGACGACAGGGAAGGAGUUUCACUUCGUGUGUCAGGGCGGUGAGGAGGAAGCGGAGCUGUGGGUGCGGGGCAUCAGGGCGCUGACCAGGGCCGUGUUCGGCAAGCGGGGGAAUUAGGUAGUGUCAUGGUGGUGCCUUUGCUCUCUCUCCGUAGGCGUCGGUAGUUUGCAGCAAGCGUGCCUGUAAAGUGUAGGGGACGUAGAGCGGGUGAUGCGUGGAGUGGGUGUGCUGGCCUUCAGCUCGAAGGCUUUUGCCAAGUCGCCAUGAUGUUUUUGGUUCAGGGCCUGGGGUUUGUAUAUAGCUCUUGCAUGGAAGUUUUCUUCGCUAAGUUGCUUUAGCUACUUGUAGCGGCCUUCACUCUGAAUUUCUCUCGACAUGUUAGAAGUUCGCCAUUUCACCUGUUUCGUUUCUGGAGCGUUCUUCA